AAGCUUUAACUAGCAAUUUCACUUCCACCGCUCCGACUUUUCCUAGGCAAGAGCGGAAAGGAGUCAGCGGGCAGAGAGCGGCAGAACCUGGCAUCGCGACCGCUCCCAGCCGGAGAGGCGCUCUCGGCUGGGCGCAAUGGAAGCGCUGGAGGCGAUCUGGAUCCUGCUGCUCCUCUUGCUCGCGGGGGCGCUCUUGGCUUUCGGCCUGUACUGCUGCUACCUAACAUACAUCCACGUGAAAUAUGAUUACAUCCCCGGCGCCCCGAGGGCCAGCUUUUUCUUUGGUCACCUACCAAUUAUCUGGAAAAUGAUGAAAAACCAGGAACUGCUGCUUGAUCUUUUCCUGCAGUGGGCUGAGGAAUAUGGACCAAUUGUACGUUUUAAUGCCUUUCACAGAGUCUCAUUAUUGGUAUUAAGUCCUGAAGGAGUAAAGGAGUACCUGAUGUCACCACAUUACCCAAAGGACCGAAUAGUAUAUGAACGUGUUUCUUAUAUGUUUGGUGUACGAUUUUUAGGGAAUGGCUUGGUCACUGAUCGCGACUAUGACCAUUGGCACAAGCAGCGGAGAAUUAUGGAUCCAGCUUUCAGUAGAACUUACCUGAUUGGCUUGAUGGGUACCUUUAAUGACAAAGCAGAAGAGCUUAUGAAGGAAAUGGAGGAAAAAGCAGAUGGAGAAACGGAAGUGGAUGUGAUGAACCUCCUGAGACGAGUGACGCUGGAUAUCAUCGCAAAGGUGGCAUUUGGCCUAGAAUUGAAUACCCUGCAUGAUGACCAGACACCUUUUCCACAUGCAGUGUCCAUGGUCAUGAAAGGGACGGCAGAGACACGCAAACCUUUGUUCAAGUACAUGCCUUGGAACAGAAAAUCCGUAAAAGAAAUUCAGGAAAGCAUGAGGUUUCUGCGUAAUUUUGGGAAGGAGUGUAUUGAAGAGAGAUGCAGAAUCAUCCAGAACGGAGAAGAGGCACCACUGGAUAUUCUCACUCAGAUAUUGAAGAAUGCAGCACAAGAAGGGGACUAUGAUGAUGAAAAUAUGCUGGAUAACUUCGUCACUUUCUUUGUUGCAGGUCAUGAAACCACUGCCAAUCAGUUAUCUUUCACCGUAAUGGAGCUGGCACGGCAACCUGAGAUUGUGAUGAAACUUCAGGCUGAAGUAGAUGAAGUUGUCGGUGUGAGGAGGGACAUUACCUAUGAAGAUCUUGGGAAACUCCAGUACUUAUCACAGGUGCUCAAAGAAGUAUUGCGAUUAUAUCCACCAGUUUCAGGCACUAUCCGUUGGACAGCAAAGGAAAAUGUCAUUGAAGGAGUCAAAAUUCCAGCAAACACCACCCUGAUUUUCAACACAUACCUCAUGGGGCGCAUGGAAAGGUUUUUCAAGGAUCCACUGACCUUUGAUCCUGACCGAUUUAGCAAAGACCAACCAAGGCCCUCCUUUUCUUAUUUCCCAUUUUCCCUGGGACCUCGUUCCUGUAUUGGGCAGAUUUUUGCACAGAUGGAGGCAAAAGUGGUGAUGGCCAAAUUCCUGCAGAGGUUUGAAUUCCAGGUGGUUCCACCACAGAGUUUUAAAAUUUCGGAAUCAGGGACACUGAGGCCAGCAGAUGGUGUCGUGUGCAGACUGAGACCCCGCCACCAGCCUGGCCGUGGAGAUUAAAUGAAACCUUGACUGUAGGAUGUUGUCCACUGCAUGUUAGAGUUUCUAAUGGAGAAUGCUCAAAGUGCAUUUCAUAGACUAAAUAGUGCUGGAAAGGCUGUUUGUGGCAUUUGAACCAGAAUCAAUAAUUAUUUUAUAAAAUAAUUUAAGUAUGAUAUAAUUAGAUGCCAAGAUAACAUAACUGAGAAAGUUUGACCGAACUGAAAGGGCUCAGCAAAAUAGACCACAAUGAUUAAACAGAAUGACUUUUUCCCCAAAGACUCUAUUUUUGAAGCAGAAACAUUUUUGUUAAAGAUGUUUUAUAAUGAUCAGGAAAAUACUGAAGUCAGUUACGAGUUAGGUUCAUCCUACUAAACCUGCACCUCAAUAUGUUAAGAGGCAUCCUUCCGCCCAGAAGUGCUGCUUUUCCCCACAGAAGCAGCCUCAGUGUCCUGAUCCUAAUGGAGACCAGACAGCACACAGUGCAAGAGAGGCUAACUCUUUCUCCUUGCACAGUUGUCCCAUUGAACCCCUCUCCACACACCAGUGGCUCUUUGCUUCAGAGGGCAAUUUUCAAUCAGAAAACAGUACAAGCUGAAAAGGUUCACCUCCCCACUCAUAGCAUGCUCCAGUCCUGAUCAGGAUCGGGCUGCUGUGGCUGUGAAGGAGAUGGUCAUGAGACCAGACCAUAUCUGGCAGUAUUAUCUCUCCAAAAGAGUCGGGAAUAUUAUGAUCCUUAUGGACACCUGAUCCUUAUGGACCAGAGCACCUGUGGGUGAGAGGGAGGGACCGACAGACAUGGGGUAACCUUAGGAGAUCUUUUUGGAGCAUUUGGGUUUCUGGAGAAAAGCAUUUAUCAAGUGUUUUAGACAGGAAGGUCAGAGAAGUGACAGAGACUAGAGCCCUGUCCAGACGUUAGUGAGUGCAGCAGCUGUAAAAGUAGGGAGGGAGUCCUACCCUGCCACUUGGGUGCUCUUGGUUACAGUGCCGAUUGUCUGAAGGGGGAAGCACCAUAACCAUGAUGGCCUGCACUUCCAUGAGCUGUAACCUAGAGGACCCAAAGCGCUGGCCAUUAUAGUUACGGCGCUUCCUCCUCCAGACAAGUGAGGCACCAUAACCAAGAGCACCUGGUAGGAGGGGGAUGAGUGACAGUGCCAGGGCAGGACUUCCUUCCUGCUUUCACAGCUGUAACCGUGAGCACUGCUGCACUCACUAACGUCUGAAUAGAGCUUAGGGGAUAGGAAGAGGGUGGUAGCUUUCUGCUAUCAAUCAGCUUUAAGGUCAGCACUUGAAGACUGAGGCCUGAAGCUGCAGACAGGCCUAGGGUCUGCUUCAUUAUCCAUCUUGUGGAAUAAUAAAUGUUUUAUGAGACUCUUUUUAAAAACUGGUUUGCUUUCACCCUCAUGAACAACAAACUUAUCUGAGGCAAUUAAGGUACAGUGUUUGUGUGUGGGAUAUUAAUAAACCCAAAUAAUUUGUUCAAA